AAACUAUAAAUCAAAAUGGCCACCUCUUUCGCUGAAGUUUACUUUUUUCCCUUUAAACAAUUGCAGGCUGAGAGAAAUCCCACACCAUUACACCAUGCAGCAAAAGCAUUAAUAAAUGCUCAGCUAGAAAAUGGAGAUUUUCCUCAGCAGGAGAUCAGCGGGGUCUUCAACAGGAAUUGCAUGAUAUCCUAUUCUGCAUAUAGGAACAUUUUCCCAAUUUGGGCACUGGGAGAAUAUCGUUCUCGUGUACUCAAGGCUAAGUAAGUGGCAGUUCCAGGGGAUAUCUUGCAGCGUCACUCUUUCGCGAAAUCUCGACUCUUGGUUUUCUCUCCACCUUUAACACGCUAGAUGCACGAUGAUUAGUUAGCUACUUUACUUUAUUUUUAGUUAUUUUGCAACUAAUCGUCUUUCGUGGUUCGUUUGCUGUCCUCGAUAAUUUCCUUCAUUAGUUGGGAGGGAAACUCUAAGACUAAUAACGGACCACCAGAAUUAGAAUUUGAUUAGAAGUGUCUCUGAUCAUUGUCUCGUUUCUUUCUAACAGCCUCUUGUUCACCAAAA